CACACACACACACACACACAGUGUAGCCACCAACUGCGCCUAACUGCUGCUUUGAGACUUUCCUCCUCCUUCACCAGGGUGUCCCGGGUUUAAAGUCUCACUCUAAAGUGUUACUUGUGUGCUUUUCGGUCUGUAGCGCGGCGGACAUCAUACCGGUGCGCACACGGAGCAGGAGCAUUACGCACGUCGAAUCGGCGCGUCCGCGGCGCGUGAGCAACAUCUGGACUAAAGCAGAUGUUCAGCCGGAGAGAAUCAGAAAUCCCAACAGGGCACCGUGAUCCUGGCCGAACCGGACUAUGCUGAUAUCACGGCGGAUUCUUGGCCAGGCUUUGCUCGAGCGGAUGGAUUAAGGAACAGCUCUCAGGGGUGAGAGAGAUUGAGAAAGAGAGAGAGAGAGAGAGAUAGAGGAAGAUAGCGCACACAGAGCGGCGCAGCAGGAUGAUUAAGAAACAAAAGCAGAAGACCUUUACACAAGUUCUGCUGCUCAUCUGCAUGCUCACACUCUUGCUAUCACCGAUCCACAUUGCAGGACAUAAAGUUCACCAUGUCAGGACAGGAACAUGUGAAGUUGUAGCAUUACAUCGAUGCUGCAAUAAGAACAAGAUAGAGGAACGUUCUCAGACUGUCAAAUGCUCCUGCUUUCCAGGACAAGUGGCUGGAACCACACGAGCAGCACCUUCCUGUGUAGAUGCCUCCAUAGUGGAGCAGAAGUGGUGGUGUCAGAUGCAACCCUGCCUGGAUGGAGAGGAGUGUAAAGUUCUGCCUGAUCUUAAAGGCUGGAGCUGCGCCACAGGGAACAAGAUCAAGACCACAAAGGUUGACUGAGUCGGAGAACUGUUUGGAGGCUCUUCGGCUGUGGAUCUGAUCUGUGCACAGACUGUUUUGUAACAAAGUCAUGAAGGUUUUCCAGGACAUGAGUGUCAUGAGCACAUCUGGAUGCUGUUCCAUACUUCAGCUUUAUAAAGCUUGUUGUGGAUUUCUCUAGUCGCAUAUUGCUUGCUGUUUUUGGACUCAUGGCUCAGUUACAGACUUUCCUUUAUAUGGAUCCACAUGGAUCCAAGUGUGACAACCAUUUUGCCUCGAGAUACAGUUCUAUAAUUUAGCUUAUAAAUGCAGAUAGACUUAAGGACAUAAAAAUUGGCAUUGUGAAGGUGGAAAGCUGCGUACGAUUACAAUAUUUGUGAACUUUGUUUGUGUAGAUCAGAGAAAGUUCCAGUAUGAAUGUUUAUGUACGCCCGUGUUAAUUAAUGCACCAUUUAUUGCAUUAACUCUGAAGUUAAAAGAUUAAGAAAGCUAUAUCAUUCAAACAUUUUUUUUUUUUACAUACUCUAUGUAUAGUUGCAAAUGCUUCCUCAUAUGUAUUAUAUGUCAGGAACAAAAUGGCGCUAUAAUAAACCAUAUUUGUCUUCAAAUCAUUUGUGUGUAUUAUAGCACAGAAAUACAGUGUGUCUCAAAAGUUUCCAUACAGUACACAGGGGACUAUGUUUGCCAGCACUACGUCGGCUGUGUGUGUCUUCAUCGGUGAAUGUUCGUGGAUGACGUCUUGGUGGGACUGCAACACUUCCAGUCUUUUUGAAUUUGUUGAUAAGUUUGGCGACAGUGUCGUGUGCGACGUGCUCGCCAUGUUUCCUGUUAAAGUCCAUCGCACCCUAGCGGCAGCUUCCCGAUCCAGCCGUGAGAGCCAUUUCAAUACGUUCUUCUCUUGUCAAAGGCAUUCUUAAACGCUAUCUGAAAAAAUAAAUAUAAUAUAAAUUAAGAGUGAAAAGUUUCGGGAGACCUUUUGCUAAAAGUAUGGAGACUUUUGGGACACCCUGUAAUACUGAAAAAAAAUAAAUAAAUCAAACUUCAAAAAAAAAAAAAUCAAAGGCAUGGUUGUUGCUUUAAACGUGCUUAAAGGUC